UAAACAUAGUAGUAAUACAAUAUGUAUUGUCGUGACGAGUACAAACCAAAAUGUGUUUAGUAUUAUAAAAACGGCUUGUUCGUAUUCUCUUCUCUCGCUCAACACAUGAAGCUCAAGUGAUCCACCGUGGUUAGCAAAAGGACGGUUCACAUCAUGACUAUAUUCGCGAGAGAUCUCAUCUAUAGGAUCGAAACGAAGGUUUUGUUGCCGCUCUUCCUUGUCCAUUUGUUACCUUAUGUAACAUGCCAGCAAGAGUCAGAAUCCGUAGACCGCAAUAGAAAAACCAAUUUCCCAACGGAAACGGUAAUCGCAAUCAUUGUGCUUGCAAUAUUUAUCUCAUUAAGCAUGGUCGCUUGUUUCUUGCACAAAACAUUCUAUAGAGCAGAGGUUGAGGCGGCAAGCCAAGAAGUGUUUCACAGUAGAGCGAGGCGUGGGCUCGAGAAGGAACUCGUUGAGUCCUUUCCAAUUUUCCUCUAUUCGGAGGUUAAAGGGCUCAAGAUAGGCAAAGGCGGAGUAGAAUGUGCAAUUUGUCUAAGCGAGUUUGUGGAUAAAGAAACACUACGUUGGAUGCCUCCUUGUAGCCACACUUUCCAUGCUAAUUGCAUUGAUGUGUGGCUCUCUUCUCAGUCCACAUGUCCGGCUUGUCGUGCAAAUCUGUCUCUCAAACCCGGUGAGAGUUAUCCAUAUCCGAUCACGGAUCUUGAAACGGGAAAUGAACAAAGAGAUGAACAUUCAUUGCUUCAACUAGGUACGAAUCUAGAUCGAUUCACACUUCAGUUACCAGAGGAGAUGCAAAGACAAUUGGUUAGCUUGAAUCUGAUAAGGACAAGCAACAUGACCUUACCUCGAGCCAUGAGUUCGAGACAGGGCUACAGAAGCGGUUUCUCUCAUGGACGACAAACACUUCGGCGGGCCAUAUCUAUGUCUCUAAGUUUCUCUUUACAAGCUGCUUCUGUUCGUUCCACAGUUGGCAGAGACGAUCUAGUGCUAGAGACUUCCCAAGCUAAGGACAAAGAUUUAUGUGAACAGUCGUUCCAACACCUCAUGCCAGAGAAGGUCUAAUCUUCUCUCUUAUCGCUCCACGUGUCCUAUAUGUGGUGCUGAUGUAGUUCCUUAAUCGUGUCUCUUAACCUUUGACUUUUGAUUUUCCGUUUCAUGCUUCCCUUUGUGAAUAAAAUUAUCUUUGUUUUAGGCUUUCAACAAUUUCAGUUGUCUAAAAAUUAAGGAUUAGGUCAAAACAAUUUCAGUUGUCUAAAAAAUAAAGUCUUGUUGCGUAGUCAACAAGUUAAUACACAAACCUUAUUGGUC